UAGGCCAUCCCAAUAAAAUGUUUCGUUUCCCAUCGCCCUCCCUCUCGUGAAGGUGGGUCGGUCGGUCGGGCAAAAAAAAAGAAUGAACACAUGAUUGCAUAUUAAAUCUCACGUUUAGUCUGCAAGAUAUAAUCAGAUGGUAAAAGAUGUAUAUUAACAGGACUAUCAAAUGUCUAAAAAGGCUACAAAAACGAAGUAUCGAUGAUAAUUUAAGACAGUUGGUGUUAAUAAGACAAGAUCGUGUGCGUGUAAAUUAAAGUACUUGCUUCUUUACAAGUGAUUCUUGAAUUUUUAUUUUUAUUUUACUUUUCCAAAAAAAUGGGUCGGUCGGGCGAUGGGAAACGAAGUAUUAAAUUGGGAAGGCCCUACAGAAAAUUAACAUGGCUUAUUUGUUAGAGGCCUUUAGACUAGAGGAGGAGAACGAGAUUCAACCUACGGUUUUUUCGCUUAAAAAAAGACACCCCGGAAAGAUUCAUUGUACCUUUAUUCAUCAGAAAAGGUAACACGGCAAUCUUCCAUUAAAAUUGUUUUUUUUUUCUGGUCGUUUACAAAAAGAUCUGUUUACAGGAGGUUGAAGUUUGGAGGAAAGCAUUUUCAGACAAAAUUUCUGUCACGCUUGUCACACAAGGUUUGCGGUCGUCCUUCUUGUCCAGUCUUGUGUGCGCGCACUAUUUAGUAAUGAGAAAAUCUCGUACUCGUAUUCGUCCUCGUCGUAAAAUCUAAUGGUCUCUAUUCUCUUCUGAAAAUUUCUUAUUUUUUUUUUUUUAGGCUUUGAUCCAUGGUCUCAAUAGACACUAUUAUUCCAUCUCCAUCAACUACAAGAAGAAUGAACUUGAGCAGAAGGUUUGCAAGUAGCUUUUAUUUCUUUAUUUAUAUAGAGCGUUUAUGUACUACAUGUAAGACUUAAGUUAUUUUUCUAGCCAAUCACAAAGCUCUUAGACAACCAAGUGAGCCAAUCAUAUCUCGCGCGCCUAUGUGGCUGAGGCCAAGCGCGGGAAUUGCCGUGUGUGCAAGGUUUGGGGAGCAAGGCUGGUGCAGUGGUGAGAGCACUUGCCUCCCACCUUUGUGGCUUGGGUUUGAACCCCCAGGAAUUCAUUUCAUAAGUAGGUUGAGUAUGAUCGUCCGGGUGAACGUAGUCCUGAAUAGGACUGUUGUUGUUGACAGUGACUGACGUUUCGACAACCCGUGCGGUAGUCAUCUUCAGAGUCAAAGUGAUUUGUAUCACGUCAGUUGACGGUCAACCUCAUCCCCAGGGCUUUUCCCUUAAAAAAUGGGUGGGCCACCCAUUUUUUAAGGGAAAAGCCUUGGGGACGAGGUUGAGUUGAUGGUAUUAAACUAUGGUUAUUGAUCUGUCUUUCCACGUGGUACAGACACCGCCAUGAUGGGGAGCAAAACAUGCACUGGGAGAAAACAAUAAAAUUUACCAUUUUAAAUGAUGUCAGCUCUUUCAUUGUCCUGUCUCAGUGCGUGUCUUGGUCUACAACAUGGCAGUUUUGAACCACGUGAAUGAUUAGCAGCAAAGGGCCUAUUCUGCCUUGACUACGAGUAGUCCCUAUUUAUCCUCAGGGAUAGUAGAGCGAGCAAAACGCGAGCGCGCGUGAAAAUCACCCCACGCGAGAAAGGCGAGACGUGGCGGGGUGAGGAAAAAUUGGGACUCAUAGAGUUCUAAAUUGAUGACGUCAUAAAAAUUAAAUUUCUGCAAUUAUGGGAUUUGUCAAGAUAUUCUGAAAGAACAACGUCCUAGACGCCUAAUUGCCAAAAAUUAGCAUUUCGGAGCAAAUUGUCUCUGAGAUAUAAGCGCAGUUAUGCUCUGAUGACUCCAUAAAAAUCCUUGUAAAUUUGACUUGGGUCUUAACGUUUAGACCCAAGUCAAAUUUAGAAGGAUUUCUAUGUAGUAAUAAGAGCAUAACUGGGCUAAUAUAUCAGAAACAAUUUGCGCCACUAUGCUAGAAUUUGGCAAGUAGGUCUCUUUGACGGUGUUCUUUCAGAACAUCUUGACAGAUCCCAUAAUUUCACAAAUUUAAUUUUUUAUGACGUCACACUUAAGUACUCUAUAGUCUAAUUCUGCCAGAUGAUCGUAUUUCUGAUUCUGAAGUUUCUGUUCCUCAGAUGUUGUUGAAUCUACACAAAAAGACUUGGAUGGAUGGAUUAACUUUACAAGAUUAUGACGAACACUGUGCGCUUAAUCAGAAAACAGUGAAGGUAUGUUGAAUGGCUUAGCUCCAUGAUUACCAUCCUUUUCCCUGAGGGGUGUGGAUUCCACGUGCCCCCAAAAAAGAUGAUAAAAGUUUAUGACAGGUCUACGUGGGAUAAAAAUUAUUACGACAAUCACAACGCAAAGUUUCAGUCGUGUAGGAGCUGCUUGUAAGGUCUCUCUUGAUUGGUCGCAGAAAACAAUGACAUCUCAUUUUUUAAAAUUGUUUCAGUAUUUUUUGGGGUCAGGGUUAGGCACCAUUGGUGACUUCUCUUCCGAGCAGAUGCUACAUGACCCCAAAGUUUAGUGUGUAAAUCUGAGACACCCUCUAAGGACUUCUUUUUUUUUCUUUUGAAAACUCCAGUUGCGUUCUUCCGCCUUUCUGAACAGAAAUAUCUGGACAGUGUUUAAGCACGGGUUUAAAAACUUUUAUUUUAUUUUCUUGCAGGAAAUGUUAGAGCUUGUCAAAAAUUACCACAAGGUAAGUGACGACGGUACUAGCGCCGUUUCUUGACACAGCAAAGAAAUUAACUCGUUCUUCACUUUCGGGUCAAUCAAGUCAAGUCCCGUCGAGAGUGUAGCUAGUAUUUCUUUUCAACAUCUAUACAAUGUCUAGGGUGGGGUUUGGGGGCAGUCUCCUGAAAGCCUUUUAAAGUUGCCUAGCACAACUCGAAACAAUUUUGUCUUCUUUGUGUUCUUAAAUAAUCAAUCAUUUACAGGUCACUGUAGAUUAUUCUUUCUUCAGGAAUAUAUAUUGCAGACAAUUCUUGGUUUUUGUUGUUACCGAAAAUCUACCAAAAGUCCUUUAUUAAAUAGGUAUUUUACGCAACACCCGAGUCGAUGAGUGUUAAAUCCUUGUGUUUGUUUGUUUGUAGGCAGUGGAAGAGGAAGAUACUAUGACCCCAGAACAGCGAGCGAUAAAAAAUGUCGGCAAACAGGUGUGUAUGUAAUGAACGGUACGGUAACAAGCAUUUUUGACACCUUUUCAGAGCACUUUGGUUACCCUUACCUCUCGCCCUCCCCCGUCACCCUUGUACGCGUGAAAGUUAAGGUGGCUCGACUGGAUUUUUUGGGGUUGAUACCUCCCAACUUUGAGCAUUAACUACGUCGGCAUGAGUAAAGAUAUGGAAAAAAGGUUACCACAACUGCAUUAUAUAAAGAUGAAAAUUUCUUAUGAUCUGGGUUUUAUUGCAAUCGGAGUCGCCAUGGCAACGUAAUGACGCCAUUACGUUUUUCAUUUAUCUUUGCGUUUCUCUGUUCCAGGAGUUUUUUGAUUAAAUCGCAUAAGGGAGUAUGUACCUGCUAUAAUUGCCUCCAUUAUGGCGUAGUUUGAACAAAUUCUAUUAGAGCGUUUUCGAAAUAUUUUGAAAUGUAGUUUUAAGAAUGAUAAAAACAGUGAAAUAGCAUGCUACCUACACAAUUCGCUAAUAUUUUAAGAAAAUGAUAAGCUUUGAGAACGAGGCUUCAUCUCAUAGUGGUUUGACUCCAUUGGAAACUGCAUCCAAAAAAAGAGGGGAAUUGCUCUGGGCGAUCGCGAGUAAGAAGAAUUUUAUUAACUUGCAUUCAGCUGCAAUUUUUUUAUAAAUUCGACAAGCCCGAGAUCAAUCGUCAAGACUGAAUAUUCCCUGCAAGUUUCAAGAACAUUGAAAAUAGGGAAGGCUUUUAAAUAGGGCCUCAAAUAUAACCAAUUUUUCCCUCAGAUUUUGUGUUUACAAGUGAGCGUCCUCAUUAUUCACUUUUCCAUAUCUUUACUCAUGCCCAAGUAGUUAAUGCUCAAAGUUGGAAGGUAUCAACCCCAAAAAAUCCAGUCGAGCCACCUUAAGGUCAUGGUUAAGAUACCAUGUACCAUGGCAACCUCGUCCCCAGGGCCUUUCCGUUAAAAAAUGGGUGAGGUCAUUUUUAAGGGAAAAGCCCUAGGGACGAGGUUGGUACCAUGGUUUAUGGUUCGGCCGGCAACAGUUAUAAAACUAUGAAAAUUUUCUCGCGCUUGGUGACGCUGGGGCGGCCAUUUUAAAUUUUAAUUAGGUAACAGGAAGCCCAUGAUUGUGGGCUCUUGUAGGCGGUCAGCUGGUUACCAGAUAGACUACGAACAGUCUCUCUUUUUUGUUAGUCCGUCGAGCGAAACUCGCGACACACGAAAAUGACCACGCCCGUGACUGAAGGCGCGUGCACUCCCUCACUAAAUCUGAAGGAGAAAAUGCCUGCAGUCUAGUUACCAGAAAUCUCCGGAAACCGUCAUCUCAGACUGAUACAUACAUACAUACAUACCAGGAGCGAGGUUCUCAGUCAAAUUCUCGGUUCCAGACCUCGCGCCAGCUGACCGCGUAGUUAAAAGUCAGAAUUCACCAUUUUCACAUUGCCCAUAAAACUCCUCCUUCACCCCUUCCCCCAAUUUUGCAAAAGCAUUCUUUUCAAUUUUUCUUGGGGCGACUGUAGUGCCUAGGAAAAGUAGAAAACAGUGGUUAAGCAAAAUUUUGGGGGGUAAACAAGGUGUUUUCUAGGCAAUGGUGAAUGGCCAACAGAGAAACAACUGCAUGCUAUUUUAUAGCAAUGAUAUAACUAGCCUCCCACGCAGACGUUCUUACGGGUUCGUCACGCAAUCAUUCCUCUCCCACGGGCGUGCUUUCAAUCCAUGUUAUUCUAAUCGGAUGCGUGGGGCCUCGGUAAAUCUCUUACUAAAUGCUACUUAAAGACGUAAUCAAGUUGGCCAGCUGCAUCAUCCCUGUUCAUUAUCACAAGUGAACUUGUAAACAGACACAGCCACAGCAUUCAAAAAUUAUUCUUUAAUGGGACAAAAUCGUAGUGUCUUAUUUCAUGUUAUAAUACUAAAAGAAAUAACAAAAUCUUAGCAAAUUACUCUUGUUUAGCAGUUAAUAGAACUACAGGGGGGGCAGGGUAAACAUGAUGCAUUAUGGUCUAUGUGAAAAUGGUGAAUUGUGAGACCUAUCUACCACUACUGCCCUGUACUAUUUUUAAAGCGAAAUGAGGUGGUUCUAACCUUUUAGUCUGUGUUUAAAUCAUGUAAGUAAAAACUACAGAGCAGUACUGUUGACUCUGUGGUUAUUUCUGGUUUUCGUGUUUAAAUAAACGGCAUCUCUUAAUAUAGCGAAUCAGAUUCAGUUACUAUUCUAAAGGAUGCUUACAAUUAGUCACUUAGACUGGCCGGUCAGAUCAGUCCAUUUGUAAAGAGAAUUUAAAACGUUUAAUCAGAACCGUCCAUCCAGAUAGCGUAACUCUAUACCUAAUAGAAUGUGCGGCAGUGAUAGGUUUUAUCGAAAACUUUCUAGCCUGAGAAAGCAGCCGUCAUUUGGCGACGCCACCAACGAUUUCCCGCGGGGAAACUGGCAGGUACAAAACACAGAUCGAAAGUGCAAGUCACUGGUCUAUUGUUAGAUCACUGAGAUAAGCUGUUUCCCCUUGAGCUAAAACUCUAUUUUGGAGUGUGAUUAGGGCUAGGAGACACUUUUAGAGUUGUUUAUUUACCGUAGCACUGUGACCUGCACUUGUGAUCCGUUACCUGUUACCUGUGCCGAAAUGUCGGUAGCGCACUGAGCGGCGAACCGCAAAAACGCGCGAACGAGCGGCGAAGCAACGAGAAAAAUAAAAAACCUCGCAAUUUCACUGCCCUCGCCCACCUUGGCUUGUUUGCGCGCCUGACCAAAACCGCCAUGUUACGCAGGCUAAAUGCCGGCUGUUUUCUCAGGCUAAAAACUCUCAAAACGACCUGUUUGGGGUCCAGUCCGGCUGGCAUGUUCUGACUCUUGGUAAGACUUCAAACCAAAUCCUUCUUUGUGUUUUUAUCAGGAUCCUAAGCGCCAUCUUGAGGAAAGCGUAGAAGUAAUGAUGACAUCAGAUAUUGUCCAAUGCCUGGGGGCUAUGCUUAACUCCGUUGUCUUCUAGCCUAACUAAAACGGAUCGCUUGUAAUUUGUACAGAAAAAAAUAAAGCUUUAAUUGUCUCUUCAGUCAUUUGGAGUGUUUUUCAGUAAUUCAUCAGUAUAAUGCAAUGAAUUGUAUGCGUACUUAAUUUCGUGGUUUUACCACCUAAGCCUUGGUUUGGAAAUUCGUUGACUAUGCAACUUGACGAGGUUGCUUAGUGGGAUAGCAUCCU